CCCGCAUCAAGUCCCCUUUGCGCACCGCAGUGCCACAGAUCCCUGCUAGCGUCGGCUCGCCAUCCAGGAUUUUUCUGGCAUAAGAAGGGUCCUUGGGCUUGGAAGGAACCGAACAUUGACAUUUUCCGCCUGCAUUUGAACUUUGCGGAGGUACGAGUACCCCACUAUCAACCUCUCUACCUACCUUACAGUAUCUUAGAUACUUGCGCAACUCCAACGACCGACCACGACAACCCACACCUCAGUAAAGAAAGAAGAUACAAGAAGAUCAAUAUCUAAUACGACGAUAUGGCGGUCCGAGCACAAUUUGAGAAUAGCAAUGAGUGAGUAUAUUUCUUUUCUAUUUAGAGGGGGGAAUUGCCCCUCUUUUUUUUUCUUUCUGCGCGAAAAGCUUUGCCCCUCCUUUGAGGAUGCGAUACGAUGCGAUGCGCGAGGAUGGCUGCAACGCUGGGAUGCAGAAUUUAAUUGCAUUGGGUGAUUGGGAGGAUGUGUGCUGAUGUGAUAUGAUAUAGGGUCGGUGUUUUCUCGACGUUGACGAAUUCGUAUGCGUUGGUUGCUGUGGGCGCGAGUGAGAAUUUUUAUAGGUUCGUGGUUUUGGUUUUUCGUAUGCCGGGGGUCGAGGUUGAGAGGGAGAAGGAGGGAUGGGGAGAGGGAUGGGGGGAGGGGGGAUAUGGUGGAGGGAAUGCUGAUGGUUUUGUGUAGUGUUUUUGAGUCGGAGUUGCAGGAUGUUAUUCCGAUUAUUCAUACUACGAUUGCUGGGACGAGGAUUAUUGGUCGUAUGACUACUGGGUAUGUUGUUUCUCUUUCGGAGAGGGAGGGGAGUUGAAGGUAGGGAGUGUCAUUGUGCUGAUGUGGGACUCGCAGAAAUCGAAAGGGGUUGUUGGUUCCUACGAGCACGACGGAUCAGGAGUUACAGCAUCUGCGAAAUAGUUUACCGGAUGAGGUGAAGAUACAGGUACGUUUAGGAGGGGUUUCCGAGAAUGAUUCGAAAUAUGGAUAUGGAUAUGAACAGCGCGAUGCUAACAUACCAAAAAGAGAAUAGAAGAAAGACUCUCCGCACUAGGAAACGUCAUCGUCUCCAACGACCACGUCGCCCUCGUACACCCCGACCUGGAGCGCGAAACCGAAGAAAUCAUAGCCGACGUCCUCGGCGUCGAAGUCUUCCGCCAAACCAUCGCCGACAACGUCCUCGUGGGAUCCUACAUGGCGCUCUCCAACCAAGGCGGCAUCGUGCACCCCAAAACCAGCAUCCAAGACCAAGAUGAGCUGUCCAGUUUACUACAGGUUCCCCUCGUUGCGGGUUCCGUCAAUCGAGGAAGUAGUGUGGUGGGGGCCGGGAUGGUGGUUAAUGAUUGGCUUGCGGUGACGGGGCUUGAUACUACGGCGACGGAGUUGAGUGUUGUGGAGAGUGUUUUUAGACUUGGGGAGGGGCAGGGUCCGGGGGCGAUUAAUACUAGCUUGAAGGAUACUAUGGUUGAGUCGUUUUAUUGAGGGGGUUGUAGCAGUGAGGCGAGCGGGGGGGUUGUACUCUGGCUUUUGGGGAUGGGAUGGGAUGGGAUGGGAUGGGAUGGGAUGGAAUCCUUUGAGCUUGGUUGUAUGGGGAAGAAAGUACUGCAACUAGGAGAUAAGGUUCCUGUCCUCUUUUCUAGGAGUUCUUAGGGGAUUUCCUGGUUAAUUGUCUAUCCUAAAUUCUGGGUGCGGCAAUCAAAGAUAUUUUCCUUCUUCCCCAACCGAUGACCCUCUCUUUUCUGGGGUUUACCUGUACUCCCUGGGAUUCUCCUCUGGCCAGCUACGCAGAGCUAGAUAUAAUCAGAUACUCUGUC